CGGCGGAACCCGGCGAUGAAGCUUUCUUUAGUUGAUCCCUGCGCAAUGGCGGAGGUCAGGCUGUGUUUCGGGAGAGGGGCUUACAAGCUUUUAAAACCGCGAAAUCUCCUGCUUUUGGAUAAAGACUGUAAACCGGUUCCAACGGCAACUUACGUCGCAGAUUUAAUAAAGUCGCCACAGCUCUGUGAGACUCGAAAUGACCUUGUCCAAUCAGCUGAAACACCGGCAGCUCUGGAGUCUCCAAAAGGGACUGUGAGCACACUCUUUACCUGCUCUGGAGAUGCACGCAGCCUGAAAAAGCCGUUGAACCUCAAUUCUGGAAAUGUUAGUACGUGGACGGAUUGCCAUGGGUCGAAGUCGAAGGCAUCUGCAUUUCACUUGUCCUCCUGGAGGAGCUCGUGUUUGCGAACUUAUGGAAAACUCCCUCUCCUGUCCAGUCAAACUGGCACUCACUUUAAGCGCCAGCUAAGGGAAGCCAUCUAUAAAAAGCCUCUUUAUGCCCCUCCAAAUGUAUAUGUAGGGCAGUUUAUGUCUUUAACCAGAGCUUAUAGUGGCACACAGGAUAAAGGCAGUCCGUUAUACAAAUCAAAGUCUGCUUAUUAUGAUAUUUUGGAAGUUUCUCCGACCGCCACGCAUGUACAAAUCAAGACUGCUUACUAUAAACAGUCCUUCAUCUAUCACCCGGACAAGAACGCAGGGAGCGAGGAGGCCGCGUUCAGGUUCUCGCAGAUCAGCGAGGCGUACAGCAUCCUGGGUAAUAAAGCUCUGAGGAGGAAAUACGAUCGUGGGAUCCUGAGUCAAGCUGACCUGCUGGGAACCAGCAAACCCGCCGGCAGAGAGCGAGAGAGUCCAGCAUCAGGACAGCAGAGCAGAGCCCGACACUCCCCCUCUGUUGGAGUCACCCAGCAGAACAUCUUCGACUUUGAUACCUUCAUUAGAUCACACUAUGGAGAACAGCUGAAGAGAGAGCAGGAGAUCCGGCAGCGCAGAGAAGAGCUCAUCAGGAAGAAGGAGGAGCAGGUUGAGGAUAUGGAACUGGGCAGGAUGAAGGAGAUCGCUGUGGGGAUGAUGCUGGUGAUGGCGGUGAUGAUCUUAUUUAGCCUCAAGUCUAGCAAGUGAGGAAGACACGGGGAUACUUGAAGCAUAUCUCAACAGCGUAAAAUUGGUUUUGAUUAAAAAGAAUGUGCCAAAUUGCACAGAUAUAUGGUACUGAUGUGUCGUAUUUGUCUUUUUUAUGGGUAACAAAUCCUUACCAAAAGUUAAUACAAAAUACACUUUAAAGUUAUAACUGAUUUUCUUAAAGGGGCUGUUUAAAUGUUUAUUUAGUGUGUGUGUGUAUAUAUAUAUAUAUAUAUAUAUAUAUUAUUCUAAAUCAGUCUUGUUUUAAUUUGUUUUAGUUAUAUGUAGAUUUCAUUUUUUAAAUAUUCACACAAACACACACACACACACACAUAAAGACUAUGUGAAAGAUCCUGUAUAAAGUUGAUAUAUAUAGUAGUGCUGUCAAAUGAUUAAUUGAAACCAAAAAACGUUUUUGUUUAUAUAGUGUGUGUGUGUAUAUAUAUAUAUAUAUAUAUAUAUAUAUAUAUAUAUAUAUGCACAUAUAUAUUUAACAUAUUUACAGACACACACACACACAUAAUAAAUAUAUAUAUAUAUAUAUAUAUACACACACAUACACAUUAUAAUAUAUACACAUAAUUAAUAUAUAUCUUAUAUAUUAACAACAAAUUUUUCUUAAAUGUAUACAUGCAUGUGUAUCUGUAUUAUUUAAAAAAAAAACUUGGAUGCGAUUAAUCAUUUGACAGCAGUAAUAUAUGUUUUGUAAAUUCAUAUUCAAAAUAUAUGCAAUUAUAUAUAUAUAUAUAUAUAUAUAUAUAUAUAUAUAAACUGCAUAUAUAUUGAAUAUGUAUAUAUUUUGAAUAUGUAUAUACACACACACGUUUAAAUUUUUAAGGUAAUGGAACUGAGAAUGGUUUAUUUGUCAUAAUGGAUGCCAUUGUAGCUAAAAUUGUGUGCUCCACCUCUUCUGUUAAACUGUAUUCAAAGUAAUUUGUGUAAUGAUUUUUGUGGUCAUGGAGCAUGAUGUAUUUAAACUGCUGGUAAACACUGAUGGCAUUAUUUUGCACAACAGCCCUUGGGUCUUGGUUUAUUAAUAUUAUUUGUCUGGCUUCAUUUCACCUGAGCCCCUAAUUUAAGUUUCACAAGUAUUGUGUCCAAAAUAAAUGUGUGUCACUUGAAAGUAAAUUAAAGUGUAAUUUAAUCACUUUGAAGAAUGGUGGAAAUGUUCUGGAGUCUAACUGUUAAGGAUGUAGACUGCUAACACAAGCUGUGGGUUCUGUCUGAAACUGGAAUGGAUAUGGAGAUUUCCUGAAAUUACAAUAAUUCAAUUUAAAUGUGCCUUCUGGUAAUUUAAAAACAUGAAUAUGCAUACGGUGGAAAGAAAAUAAAUUAUUCAAAAUGUC